ACAAAUUUAGAUAAGGCUUAUGGGCAUUUUAAGGCAGUAUAACAACGAGAUCAUUAUCGGCCACAACGUUGGCCCCCAUGAAUACAACGCCUCCACAUACGCUAUUAAGCUAUACCCGGCAACAUUGGGUCUGUCGAGCGCCGACUUCUACCAAAACACGACUGGCCGUCAAUACAAGGCUUACCAUAAACUGAUGGUAGAGUACACUCGACUACUAAACGCCCCGAACCUGACCAUUGAGGCCGACAUAACUGAGUUACUGUUGUUUGAGUCAAAACUGGCCAACAUUUCGCGGCCGUACGAGAAAAGUGGCGGCGCCUCCUUUCAGCGGAUGCCUAUACGCAAACUGACUCGAUUGGUGCCACACAUCGACUGGAAACAGUACCUCGAGUUAGCCAUACCUGUGCCCGUCAAUGAGACCGAUUUUGUCGGUAUAUAUGGUUUGGACUAUUUUAUCGAUAUACAGGAGCUCAUUGGACAGACACCACACAGGACUGUGGUCAACUAUUUGUUAUGGCGGUUUGUUAUGAACCGGGCCAACAAUCUGGACGCUCGGUUCGAUAAAGUGCAACAAGACUUUUACAAAGAGAUAUACGGCACAAAAAGUCAAUCACCAAGGUGGAAAAAGUGUGUCGACUAUGUUAAUAAUAACAUGGGUCUGGCUGUUAGCGCACUGUACGUGCAUAAUUAUUUUAACGGCGCAAGUAGAGCUAAGGCCGAACAAAUGAUCGCUAAUAUAAAGGAGGAAUUUUACGAAAUACUCGAUGAGAUCGCUUGGAUGGAUCAGGAGACCAGGGCUGAUGCUAAGACCAAGGCGGCUGUAAUGGAGCAACACAUUGGUUUCCCCGAUUAUCUAAUGGACCAAGCUCAACUCGAUGAUGAAUAUAGUCACCUUCAUUUUGAAAGCGACAAAUACUUUGAAAAUGUUAUCGGAUUUCUCAAAAACUCGACAAAUAAGACACAAUCAAAAUUGUACGACGAGGUGGACCGGGAAAAAUGGACUGUAGUGCCCAGUGUUGUGAACGCACACUACCAUAGAUACAGAAAUUUAAUGAGCUUUCCGGCAGCCGUACUCCAGGCGCCACUAUUUAGCAAAGAUUAUCCCAAUUCAUUGAAUUACGGCGCUAUUGGAUCCAUUGUUGGACACGAAUUAACGCAUGGAUUUGAUUCAAACGGUCGUCACCAUGAUCAGUUUGGCAACCAGAGACUGUGGUGGCACCCGAACACCAUCGACAGGUUUAUCGCUAAGUCUCAGUGUAUGAUCAAUCAGUAUAACAAUUACACCAUUAGAGUGAUGAACGAAGACCAUAAGAUCAAUGGUAUGCUCACUUUAAGCGAGGCAUUUCAAAAGCUACAACUGCUUCACGGGGCCGACCGUCUACUCCCGGGCCUCAAUCUGACGCAAACGCAACUAUUUUUCUUGAAAUUUGCGCAAAACUGGUGCCAACAGAUGACAGAGGAGGGCACUCUCACCGCCCUUAAGACAUGGAAACACACCCCCGGAAAGCACAGGGUGAUCGGAACUCUACACAAUUCUCGUGAGUUCGCCCGGGCCUACAACUGUCCCGAUGGCAGUCCCAUGAAUCCGGUCCACAAAUGCGAAGUUUGGUAAACCCUGUGUAGGGCUUAGCAGUCAUCCCAAUCCACCACCAUCACCACUACCACCAUUAUGGUCAACCCCUACCCCACCACCACAUCACCUAACAUUAUAUAUACGCCAGGGAGGGGUCAGUUCACACAAUUGGUGUCGUUGAUACAAAGUUAAAGCCAAUGCCAAAACGUCACCCCUUGGUGUGUUUUAUCCCUGUCUACAUUAUAGUGUUCGGCAGUAUUAACGC